GUGCCAUUGUAUACCUUUGACUAUAUUUUUGAUUAUCUGAUGUACACAAACGUCAGCUUUGUUGAUUGCUUUAUGGAUCCUGGUCCUCAUGGCAAUGGCAGGUAUUCAAAGCGCAUGUUACCCGAAAUUGAGAUGAAGAACUUUAGAAAGGGUGCACAGUGGUUUUCAAUGAAGCGCCAGCAUGCUGUUAUAGUUAUGGCUGACAACCUGUAUUACUCAAAAUUUAAGGCUUACUGUCAGCCUGGUUUUGAAGGGAAAAAUUGCAUUGCGGAUGAGCAUUACUUACCUACAUUCUUCCAGAUUGUUGAUCCUGGUGGAAUUGCCAAUUGGUCAACAACUCAUGUUGACUGGUCUGAGAGAAAGUGGCAUCCAAAAUCAUAUAGGGUUCGAGAUAUUUCAUAUGAGCUUUUGAAGAAUAUUACGUCCAUUGAUGUUAGUGUGCAUGUCUCGAGUGAUGAGAAGAGACAAGUACAAAGUUGGCCUUGCUUAUGGAAUGGGAUUCAGAAGCCAUGAUAUCUAUUUGCUAGGAAAUUCAAUCCUGGAACACUGAACACUUUGUUGCAGCUUUUUUCUAAUUACUCAGCACCUUGAGCAAGCAAUUUUUGAUCCAUUCUUUCUUGGUCUCUCAUAGGGUAGCAGCUGUAAAUUACAUCAUUUUUAUCUACACUGAGUGCAAAGUCUAUUGGCAUCACAGCUACUGUGGCUAACAUUUUAGUGUUGCUUCCUUAAGGAUAGGGAUCAGUAGCUUGAUUCAUCCCCCUCUGCCCCUUGUUUUCAUUUUGGGUUGUGUAAGUUUUCUCAUUGCAUCUCAAAUUUUGGGGGAAUCAUAAGAACUCAUUCUCUUGUUGCUCGGCUUUGUAGAACUCUGCAAAUGCAAAAAUGUUUAGUUAAAAUACAAAUGUUACCAUUCGUUCUAGAAAUUCAUGCAUCACUGUACCCCCUUGAUGCAAUCUUCGUAGCCUAUUGAUGAGGCUUAUGCUGUUAAACUAGGGUUUUGAGAUGUAGCAUGAAGAUCUGUAAUUUUAAUUUUAUUGAUAUA